AUGGCUAAGCCCAUCGUCAUCACCCUCAAAAACACCGCCCGUGAUGCCUCCGAUGGCCGCGAUGGCCGCGAUGGCCGCGCCUCGCGUUCGCGGUCGCCGCGCCCGGGCGUCAUGGACUUGGCGGCGCUGGAGGGGCACGUGACGAAGUUCCAAGAGGAACUGAACGCCUGGAUCCAGCAGGAGACGGAGAAGUUAGGGCAGUUGCAGCAGCAUGGCCAGGAGCUGCAGGGACGGCUUCAGGCAAAGUGUCAAGAGGUGCGGCAGUUUCUGGAGCAGCACGGCCAUAGCUUGGAUGACGACGAGGGUCUUGCCAACCUGGUGCCCAUCUUGAUCAAGAUGCUAGAAGAGGACCGAAGCGCCUUCGGGGCUCUGUCGGCCACCCUGGAAGACUUGGCCAAGCGCCAUGGAGUGCCGUUGGAGAAGAAGCAACCGCUGGACCUCUUGAAGGCACUUCUACGGCGGCAGCCCGAAGACAAGUCGGACGACGAGAGCUACAGCUAUAGCGCCCGAGCUGCUGGUGCCCUGGAGAAGGUGAUGACUCCCCCGGGCGGCCAUAGGCCGAAGGCACCCCAUGCUUACCCUCCGCCGGAAGAAGAGGCCACCAGCACCGCCACUGCUAUGGUGGUCUCGGAGGUGAAGGAGAUUGCCAGGCAAGUACGGGAAGAGCUGGGGCGCUUCCAUGGCGAGGUCAGCACCCAACUGCAGGACUUGAAGGUGCUGUCCAGCGAAAUGCGAAGAGACGUUGAGGAACUGCGAAGCCAAGUGAACGACAAGAAAUCUACCGCGUUCGGCACCUCCACUGUGACGACCAUCAAGCCAGAUGACCCUUUAGCUGACGUUGCCGGUGGCUCCUUGGUGGAGCUAGAAAGGAAGAUUCGGGACCGCAACGAUCGCAUCAGGCGGGAGAAUGCGGCGAUGCGGGAAGAGAAUAACAAGUUGAAGAUGAUGGGCCCCAAGGCGGAUUGA